CGCCGGACUUCGCGCUGGUAACGUUGUGUCGCGGCAUGCGCGCCUCGGUGCACGCGUACGCGUCCAGUGGUACGGUCUCGUGAUCGCCCGCCGUGUACAUCGUCGUUGCCUCCUCUUCUCCCCCUGCUCCCGUCCUUCCCGUCACCUCCUCCUCCUCCUCCUCCUCUCUGCCCUCCCCCCUCCUGCCGUGAGAGUCGACAGGACCCUUGGGUGCUUCCCGUACGCACGCACGCACGCACACCCACCGUCGCUUCCGGAUCGAUGGACGCACCGCGAUGGAGAUAGGCGAUCAGCCAGCGUAGUAGACGGCUCCAGGUCGUCCCGAUCGACCGGCACCCUCGCGAUCGUCUCCGAGUAAGAGGAACGCGACUGCUCGUCCGCGAUGGCCACGACGGCGUCGACGGAGAAGAUGGACAUGGAGAAGGACUUGCCGAAGAAGAAGCUCAUCAACACGAAUCUGAUAUCGCUCAAGUGUCUUCUGUUCAUCUUUUUUGGAGGUAUCGGCUGCCUCUUCCCGUUUCUUCCGCUGCACAUGACGAAGGUGGGACUGAGCAUCGAGAACGUCAGGUUCGUGUCGAUGGUCUCGCCGGCGGUAGCGAUACUGGGACCGCUAAUAGCGGGACCGAUCGCCGACAAGCUCGCCGGCCGUCAGAUCAACAACGAUAAAUCGUCGACCGGUCGUUACCUGCGCGUGAUGAUCGCCGUCGCCUGCAUCUUCUCGGCGCUCUUCUACUCGCUGCUGAUGCUGGUGCCCACGGUGGACCGCGCGUUACCGUCCGGGAAGGGCCCGGGCCUCAAGUUCAACUGCGAUCGGCGCGGUGCGAUGGUGCGGCAAGAGAGAUGCGAGGACCGCUUUGGUUGCCAUCGGUGGGCCGAUUAUGACAGCGGCGUGGGUGCCAUGCUGCUGGAAAACUGCAACUACGCCUGCUACCCGAUCGGCUGGCGACGGCAUUUGGAAUUGACCGCACGCUCGACGACGUUCCGAAGCAACGUCAACGUCGAGGCCGACUUCUUCGAAGGCAGUGGCGAGACCACCGUCGCGCCGUUGAAUAGCGAAUUCUCUGCGCAGAUGAAUCGUGACGAGAUGAAAAAAGUUCGUCGUUACGUGAUGAAUGAGCAAGAGCCGCCACAUCUGUGUUACAAGGACGAGAAUGAUAAUGUCGUCUGUCACGUUUACACGGAGUAUUCCGGCCCGCUACCGGUGAACGGUAGCCUCGGGCAGGCAUUGAAUCCCGAAAACGAGGAUGAAUUGUGCAUGUAUCCCGUGGCCGAGUACUUCACCUGUCGCAUACCACCCAAGCUGGAAGCAGAAAUGGCUACGUUUAAUCAGAGUUGCUCCAUAGAAUGCGACCUGGUCGAUCCAUAUACUCUCCCGGGCGGCGUACUGGUGGAAAGCCAAUGCCAGCAUACCGGGGUUUGGACGGAAGCGGCGUUCUGGAUGUAUCUGUUCGUGCGCUCGGUCGCGGAUAUCUUCCCGACGACCGCCGUCGCCCUGAUCGACGCGGCGGUAGUGAUCGCGACCAGGGAGACGUCGUGCGGUCGCGGCGACGUGGGACGCCAACUGGCUUUCGGCUCCCUUGGUUUCGCCCUGCUAGGGCCACUGACCGGCUAUCUGAGCACCCUGACGAGCAACAUCGGCCCGGCUUAUUGGCUGCCGCUCGUCCUACACGCCGCACUGAUGAUCCUCGCGGCUGUCGUUGCCCUGUCGGCGAACGGCAUGCCGCUCAGUCCGCCGGAAUGGUGGUGGCACACGAGAAGCGGCAUGCUGGCGCUACCGAUGAGCGCUGUCAAGAGGUACGGCAGCGAGACCGCCGCCCUGAUCUUCGUUCUGCUAGUCAUGGGAACCUUUUGGAGCGCGAUGGACAGCUACCUACCUUUGCAUCUGCAAAGAUUAGGAGGCGAUGAUCUUUCCAUCGGUGUCGCUAUGACCGUAGGAGCGGUACCUGCGUUCCUGUUCCUCUGGAAGUCCGAACAUCUUGUAGAUUACUGUGGGCACAGUAAUCUUCUCAUCACUGCCUUUACGGUGUACAUAAUCAGGUUCACCGGACUGAGUCUCGUAUCUGAUCCCUGGUGGUCUCUCAUCUCGGAAGCUUUAGAAGUAUUCACCCUAGGAAUAAUGUGGGUUACUGCCAUUCUCUACCUAAGACACUUGGUACCGCGUCAUUUGACCGUGACUGCCCAAGCGCUGCCUGUGAUAGCUCACUUUUGCGUCGGUCGGUGUCUCGGAGCCGUCAUCGGUGCUUAUAUCAAUCUCGGCGACGAGGACCUCGUACAAUCGCUGAGAUUCGUGUAUCGUUGUAUGGCGAUAGCGGCGGCCAUCGUUGCCGGCCUGUAUUUCGUAUUGUAUCACGGUCUACUGAAGCCGAGAUGUCAUGCACAUACCAUCCAAGGUCCCCGUCAACCGCCCACAAUCGUGCAAGCUGCCAUAAGAGAUUACGAACUGACAAUGAACGGAAAUGGAAAUUACACGCCGCUGAGGGUGUACCAUAAUGGAAUGGGCAGAAAGGGUCAAUUUCGAUACUGAGAAGUUAUCUGUACGAACGAAUGAGGAGUUCUAGGAAACAACACAUUGCAACACUGAUUCCACAAUGCAACGUAUAAAUGUCAUCAGUGACGAAGUGCCGACGGAGUGUGUGCUGUCAUUUAUUUUGCGUUUGCAUCGCAUUUAUCGUUAAUUUGUUAAUUUAGCACCGACGCGACAUUACCGUUUCUGUUUCUUAACGUUAUUAUUUAAAUGAAUCAUUAUCAUACAGGACCACUAUAUGCUCAAGUACGUUCUACGAGCUAUAUCAUCAGUUUCUAUAUUUGUAACCAUAAGAGCAUAAGUAGUGACAGCGAGCAACAUAACGCCUAUCGCAGUAAUAAAAAGAGAGAUAGGAAAACCUUUUUUAUGUACAAAACGUCCACGAAAAGCUACAAGUGUCUAAUAUUUCUUUAGUUUUCUAAUUCAUUUUUUUUUUAAAUAAUCCCUAUGUAUAUAAUUAUCAUAAAAUUCUUGAUAUACCUAAGGUGUAUACAACUAAAAAAUAUAAUUUUUUUUGAUGAAAUCAUUACAGCGAGACUUACAUGCGUCUUUACAUGUAAUAUAAAGCGGAUAAGUAUCAAUAAAAAUAAGACGUCUAUUUGUUUAGACAAAUGUUACGUUACUGUGAAUUGAUAUAUAUGUAUACAAGAAAAAUGAAAUAAAAACACGUUGGAGAGAAA